UGUUCACAGCACGUACUGAUAAACAGUGAAAUUAGUAGUUUUUUUAUUUUUUAUGGCCAUAUUUUUUGUGAAAUAAUUAUUUUUAAUAUUGUGUGUAUUUUGUUCUUGUAUAGUUGUAUAUUUUGUAACAGUGAUGCCCAAAUUUUCCAGAAUGAAAAUUCGGUGGUUAAUUUUUGCCAUGUUUGCCAGUACAAUCGAGGUAAUCGGUGCCUCGAGCAUGUUUGGACCAGGAUUUCCUUUUAAUAACGAUUUCGGAGGUAACAUGCGAAAAAAUAUGGACGCACAAAUGGGUAACAUGCGAAGAAAUAUGGAAAACAUGCCAGGAAGACGGAAAAUCUUUUCCGAUGUAAUGCCGCCAGAAUUUUAUGAGAGUAUGAAUAGAUUGCAACAACAAAUGGAUGAUAUGAAUGCAAAAUUCGAGGCAACAAGAUUGAUAUCCUCUAUGUUAAAGGGCACUGGUGGGUCAACAAGGAUAAGCUACAAUGGAAAUAAUGUACUUGUGCACAACAAUCAAAUGACAGGAUGCCAGGGACAGGUUUUCCUGCAACCAAAUAAUGGAUUUGUGUGUAAUGGAAUAGUUGUAGGCGCAAAUAAAGUUUGUGUACCAGGAAGCAAAUCAUUUAGUCAAAUAAAUGAUAGAUUUUGUGUAUUUGAUGAUACGGCUUUAUCCCACAGUUCUUAUGAAGUGAAUGGUCAAAUUAUUUGUGAAAAUGGCGUUCUAUAUACAUUAAACGAGCUACAGAAACAAUGUGGUACAAAUGUAAUGUCCGAACAAUAUGCACAUGCUGCUUACACGCCCGAUCUAAACAAUCCCCAACACAUACCAAUUCCCUCGAACAAUCCAUACUUGAAUUGCCAACGUACGGAUGUUUGUGAAUUUGAUAUCAAUUUUAGUGGAUUUAAAAAUUUUUUCUAAUUAUUUUGAAUUAAGUUUUAAUUUAAGAGAAUCUAAUUUAAUAAAUUAUAAGUUUUGUUAUUUUAUUUUAUAGUUAAAUAUUUGAUGUUUUUAUAAAACUACUUUCCAUCAUCAUGAGAUGCAUAGGCCAUUGAAAACCCUAGUUCUAAUCCGAUCAAUGAAGUUAAGUAACGUUGAACACAUUAAGUCCUUGGAUGGGUGACCACUUAAUAACACUGUGUAUUUUUGCUUUUUUAUUUUUAGUUAGUGACUGCAGUGGUCUUCUUUAUC